GAUUGUCAAAAACAUCUAAAACGGCGAUGAACGUUUCAUGGUGAAUAUUAAUUCAAUAAUAUUUGUAUAAAGCUACAAUGUCGUUCUUAAGCCUAGACAAUUCUUACAAUAGAUUUGAUAACACAUAUGAAGACUUGUCAUUGAGCAACUGUGGCAAGAAGGACGACAGCAUCUGUAGUCAGUUAGCCGAUUUUGAAAAACUUCGCAUAUCUGCUCUAACAAAAGCCGCAGUAAUAAGUCCACUCAUAAAAGAAGUGACUAUAGGACCCAAUAGUCCAGUUAAAAAGCAACAGAAUGUGGAAGAGAAACCAAAGCCUCAGAAAAAUCACGAAGACGUAUUUGAAGACUUGUGUAAAGAAGAUCUGCGGUACACACUACUAAGAAAAAAAUAUGAUAUGAAACUCCAAGAAAGCACAGAAGAGUUAUUUAAAGAUCUCAUUGAAAAAAUGAUUGCAAAUCGAGCUGAAGUGAUGACCAAGUAUUGGAAAAAACAAAGUGAAGAAUCUGAAAUUAGAGCUCUGGAAUAUAGGAAGCGUAAAUUAUUACUUUUAAAAGGACUCAAAGACAAUGACAACCUUUCUGUGCUAGAAAAAGCAAAAUAUGACGAGCAACAAAGUCAAAUUAAAAAUCAACAGACCAUUGAAAACAUGAACAGAAUCUUGGAAGAACAAAAUAAAGCUACUGCACGCUUUGCAGCCAUCACAGACAGUCAUACUAAAGUGUGCAUUUGUUACAAUGAAUUGACAAACCUUUUACAUAGUGACCCAAUUUCAAAGGGUGUUUACGAUAUGUAUUUGUCGUCCAUCAACACAGUUAUGGGAAAUAUUCAAAUGAUCAUGGAAUAUUGUAAAACAGGAGUUAUUACUGAUAAAGAAGUCAAACAGUCUGAAAUAUUGGCCUUGAAUUUAGAAAACAUUAGAAAAAAGAUUAUCAAUGAAAUAGAUGACUUAAAGCAACAAGAACUGAAACAAAAAGAAAAGCAGCAGGAAGAGGCUAAAAAGAAAGAAUUACAAGAAAAGCUUGAACUUGAAAUGAAAAAACAACAAGCAGCUAUAGCCGUUGAAACUCAAAACAAACAGGAUAAACUUAAUAAACCAAUGUUUUACUCCUCUAAAAACUAUAAUUAUUAUUUAGAACUUAAGUCUUUCCUUGAAAACUAUGAAAGUCAGUACAAGGACCUGUUGGAUAAUGCCAACUUAAAGAAAUUUAGAUUUGAUUGUCAAAAGGCUGUUAAUACUCCAGUCAAUGCAUUGUCAUCUGUCAGUGGAAUGCAUAUGAGGGAUAAAUAUGAUAAAUUGUCAAAAUUGCUAAAAGGAGAAAGAGUUCAAGUGCUAGAUACUUUUGUAAUUGCAAACCAACAUCCGCAAGGACUGUAUUAUUGUACUGCUUUACUAGCAAAGAAAAUUGUGAGGCAAGGUGAUCUUUUGGUGUCCAGUAACCCGGAGGCGGCAUUUCCACUUGCAGCCGUAGCUGUUGCACUAUGGUCUCAAUUUCCUACAUUUGGUAAACUCCUUGAGGCGAAUUUUCAUAAACAAUGUCCAUAUUUAGUGCCAAUGUUCUUGCCUCAAAAAGAAGGACAAACUGAUAUGGAAUUUUAUUUAUCAAGAGGCUAUACAUACAAUGAUGAGGGAGUGGUAGAGAAACAGGACAAAUUCCUCAGGAGAAUGUCUGGAAUAUUUAGGCUUCAAUGUGCUAUUUGGAUAACUAAGAGCCCACAAUUUCUGAACACUUCAAAUCCUCAUGGCCUUAGAUAUGGCUGGCAAUGGCUGGCGUCAUUCAUUAAUUUAAGACCUGAACCAGACAUAAGUGCCACUUUGUUGCAUGAUUUCUUCACUGUCUGCGGAUCUGAAUUUUUUAAACACUAUGGCAAACAGUUUACUAAGAUAAUAAAAUUGAUAAGUAUAGAUUAUCUUAAAAUACUAGAAAAUAUUGAUGAAGGUGGUCCCAAAACAAGACUUGAAGUAUUCUUACAGAAUACCUUAAAAUCUGGUCAAAUACCUCCACCCAGUGGAUUGUUACCACCUAGUACUUGGUGAAUAGAAACAGAAAUAAAAUUUAAUGAAAUCAUUUUUAUGAACUGUAUGUAAUAUAAGAGUAAUCUGACAUUUUUUAAGUAAAUGUAAAAUUAUAUUGGCAUG